AAGUAUUGGUCCUUGGUCGCCUGGUGAAUUUCCAAUGGUACGGUACAACCGGUGUAGACUGUUAUCACUUCACGGUGCUCAAUGGCUCUUCUCGGACUCCCAAGUCUCAGAGCUUCCAAGUUUUAGAGCAAUGGCGCGAGGAGCAGCUACGGCUAUUCCGCUAACUUCCGCACUUCUUCCUUGCCAAAAAGGGUUCCCAGGAGCCCGGAAAUCAACCCGUCGCCUUCAAUGGAGAAAACGAGAGAGAAAGCUUUCACUGAAGGCACUGAUUGAGUUUAAGCCCCCUCCUUAUUCACUGAAUUCGUUGGAGCCAUACAUGAGCCGUGAAACUCUAGAGUACCACUGGGGGAGGCACCACAGAGGUUAUGUGGAGAACCUAAACAGGCAGAUUUUGGGAACUGAGUUGGAUGGUUUGAAUUUGGAGGAUAUCAUAAUUACAUCAUACAACAAGGGCGAUGUACUUCCUGCUUUCAACAACGCAGCACAGAUCUGGAAUCAUGAGUUUUUUUGGGAAUCAAUGAAACCAGGUGGGGCUGGUAAACCAUCUGGAGAUCUUCUAGAACUAAUUGAAAGAGAUUUUUGCUCUUACGAAAAAUUCAUCAAUGAAUUCAAGUCAGCAGCAUCCACACAGUUCGGUUCUGGUUGGGUUUGGCUUGCCUAUAAGGCAAAUAGACUCGAUGUGGGAAAUGCUGUAAACCCUUGCCCAUCAGAAGAGGACAAAAGGCUUGUGGUAGUAAAGAGUCCCAAUGCAGUGAAUCCCCUUGUUUGGGAUUACUUGCCCCUUCUCGCCAUAGAUGUUUGGGAGCAUGCUUAUUAUCUUGAUUAUCUGAACUGCCGUGAUGAUUACAUAUCAGUUUUUAUGGACCACCUUGUAUCAUGGGAAGUGGUUAGCUCAAGAUUUGAGAUGGCAAAGGCUCGAGUAGCUGAGAGAGAAAGGGAAGAAAUAAGGAGGAAAGUAGAAGAAGAAGAGAACUUUUUGGACAGUGAAGCUGUAGAGGUGUACUUGGAUAGUGAGAGUGAAGAUUCAGAAGUUGAAUGACCAAUACAUUUGAUGAACCAGAGACACUUUCUGCAUACCUUGCUUCAGCAUUUUCAAAACUAGGGAUCAAGAAUUUGAUAAUAGAGGAGAUUUUGAGCAGCGGCCGUUUUUCAUUUAGUAUUGUAACCAUGAGAUGGCUUGUCCAUUCAGUGUUGGUAUCCUUGUAAACUUCAAAACAGAGACUGUAAGCUUAAUAAAAUGCACCUUGGCAUCC